GCUCCUCUGCCCCCACCCGGCCCCGGCCCCGGCCCGCGGAGACGGCGCGGUGCGUGGGUGGGGGUCUGACCCCAGAGGGUUUCCAGGAAAGCCUCCUCUUGGCCGCCCCUUCCAGCCCCCUUUCCUCCUCUGCGCCGUCUUUUAAUUCUGCUGCAAAACUAAUCCUGAAGCAUUUUGUUGAUGCUCCCUGUGUUAAUGGAAAUGGCUUGAGAAGCCCCUAGGAAGUGCCCAGAAAAAGCUGUUUAGAGGAAAUCCUGGCACUGAACAAAUAUUUAAGGAAUCCAUCUGAAUUUUCAGGUUUCUUUGCUUUUAUUAGAGGAGGCUGGUAAAGUUACCCCCAAACUACUGAUAUUUAUUUAUACAAAAAAUAUGUAAUAGGUCCUUAAACUAAAUCCGAAUGUGCCAACGGCUCUUAAAGAAGAGCCAUCCAAGUAAGCAGCUCUCCCUCCAAGUACAGACGGCAAGUCUCGUCGUUGUUGUUGUCGUGGUGUUUUGUUUGUGUGUCGAUCACAUAGUGUUUUUACCGUUCUGUUUUAAACGCAGAAUGCCACACAAGGUUGGGUUUGUAGUUCUCAGUUCAUCAGGACAUGAAGAUGGCUUCAGUGCAAAGGAGCUGAUGGUUCAUGCACCAACAGUUAAUGGAUGGAGAUCACCAAGACUCUGUCAGUACCCACAAGAAAUUGUUCUUCAGAUGGUGGAGAGAUGUCGCGUUCGAAAGCUGCAGCUGCUUGCACACCAGUACAUGAUCUCAAGUAAAAUUGAGUUUUACAUCAGUGAAAAUCUUCCUGAAUACUUUGCACCUUACCAGUCGGAACGGUUUCGAAGGCUAGGUUAUGUAUCCCUAUCAGACAAUGAGAAGACUCGGUACAAAGCACGGGAGCUGAAAUCAGUGUAUGUGGAUGCAGUUGGACAAUAUCUAAAGCUGACUUUUCAUAAAAAUUAUGUCAAUAGGUACAACUUGUAUGGGCAGGUUGCUCUAGUAGCAAUAAAUAUAAUUGGGGAACCUGCCGACUCUACUAAUGACAAUAAUAAUCCUUCAAGAGAGAAGCUGAUUGACCAUUAUCUUGGGAGCAAUUCAGAAGACCCAGCCUUAGAUGGAACAUACAUUGGGAAACCUGACUCUAUUUCACCACUAGAUGACUUGGCUUUUGAUAUGUACCAGGAUCCAGAAGUUGCUCAAAUAAUUCGUAAACUGGAUGAGAAGAAGCAAGAAGCUGUCCGUCACGAACGCUAUGACUAUGCCAAGAAGCUCAAACAAGCUAUUGCUGACUUGCAGAAGGUUGGUGAGCGACUCGGGAGGUAUGAAGUGGAAAAACGCUGCGCUGUGGAGAAAGAGGAUUAUGAUCUUGCUAAAAAAAAGAAACAGCAGAUGGAAGAGUACCGCCUGAAGGUGUAUCAGCAACUGGAGCUCCACAACCUUAUGGAUCCAGAGCUGAUGAUCAGAAGGCCGCCUGAGUUGCCUCUUGAACCUGUGAUUCACUCUGUUAGCCCUCGGCAAAAGAAAUCCCCACAUUCACCCCAAAAUGAGAAAACGGAACCAGAGAACGUUGAGCCUUUGCCACAGGAAAAGCCAACAGAGCCAACUUCUCCUGAGCCUGUUGUUCCCCAUCAGUCCCCUCCUCCUGUGGUCCAGCCCACAGCCUCAGUAGAGGGCUUUCCCAACAUAAAUGUAGAAUUUUUACCUUAUGAUGAGAGGCCUCUUCCAGCUAUUCGUAAACAACAUGAGGAAGCAUUUGCCUACCUUGAGCCAGAAAUGAAUGAAGAGUAUAUUGAUGAUACUCCAAGAAGUGGCAUCACUGGGGAGCCUGAACCAUUAACAGAAAAAGCACUAAGGGAGGCCAGCCCUGCCAUUGAAGUUUUUGGAGAGGCUUUGGUUGCAGGAGCAUAUUCCAAGACUUGGUCAUAUCGAGAAGAUGCAUUGCUUGCUAUAUAUAAAAAGCUGAUGGAAAUCUCUGUCAGCACCCCAAAAGAGGAUUUAAAGAACAUGCUCAGGGCUGCUGUCUUUCUCGUAAGAAGAGCCACAAAAGACAUAGUGUCUUCUGUUUUUCAGGCUUCCCUGAAACUUCUAAAAAUGAUCAUUACGCAGUACAUACCAAAGCAUAAGUUAGGGAAACUGGAAACAGCUCACUGUGUGGACAGAAUCCUUCCAAAUCUGCUUUCUAGGACUGGGGAUUCAUCAACCCGUCUGCGCAUUGUGGCUUCCAACUUUAUUCAGGAAAUGGCACUAUGUAAUGAAGUUAAACCCCUUCAUAUUAUUCCAAUUCAUUUGGUCCAUCCAUUGAAACCAAAUUCCCCUACACAUCUAGCAAUGAGUCAGGUUGAAUUAGUGGAACGCCUCUUGAAAAAUUUGGGAACUGAAAAUUCUGGGUUUACCGUUGACAACAUCAUGAGGUUUGCAACAGGUGCUUUGGAGCAUAGAGUGUAUGAGGUACGCGAUACAGCAUUACGGAUUAUCUUUGACAUGUACAGGCAGCAUCGGACCAUUAUAUUGAACUAUCUUCCACCAGAUGAUGCCAAUACACGCAAGAAUGUGCUUUAUAAAACACUCUUUGAUGGAUUUACUAAAAUAGAUGGCAAACUUACUGAGGCUGAAAUUAAAGCACAGAAAAAGGCAGCCACAGAAGAAGCAGAGAAACAAAAGAAGGAGCAAAUUAAGGUGUUGCAGGGACAGCUGGCAGCACUGAAGGAGAUUCAGGCAGAAGUUCAGGCUGGAAAGGAAAAAGAAAAUGAUUUUCAGAAGCUAAAGAAUCAAGGUGAUCAGCUAAACAAAGCCACCCUAUCUGCAGCAACAGAAAUUUCAGAUGAUCGUUCCUCGGUUACAAAUUAUUUAGAUAAUCUGUGCAUUUUCUGUGGUGAAAGGGAUGAAUCCUUCACAGAGGAAGGCUUGGAUCUCCAUUACUGGAAGCGUUGCCCAAUGUUAACAAGAUGUGAACACUGCAAGCAGGUGGUGGAGAUAGCUAGUUUGACAGAGCACCUGCUGACUGAGUGUGAUAAAAAAGAUGGCUUUGGGAAAUGUCAGCGCUGCAGUGAGGCCCUUCCAAAAGAGGAGCUGCCCAAACAUAUCAAGGGCAAGGCUUGCAAUCCUGCCAAACCAGAAAAAGUGGCAAACCAUUGUCCAUUGUGCCAUGAGAACUUCACCCCAGGAGAGGAGGCUUGGAAAUCUCACUUAAUGGGCAAAGAUGGCUGUAAAAUGAAUCUGCGGAGGGUGCACACUAUAAAUAAAACCCUACUGAUGCAGCCUGGCAAAGCAGGAGGAUUAGCUGUCACCAAGCCAGUCCCUACAGGAGCAAAGCUGCGAUCCCCCACCAUAGGAACUGUGCGGUGAAGUAAGUAUUCAUACACCGGAGCACGUGGCAGCAAUUUGCUUUAUCAGAACACAGAGUGCUAAGGAGUAGGUGCUAAAAUGCUCUCACGCCAUGGAACAACACUUUAACCUCCCCGUUUCAUUAUCAGCUUCAGGACAUUUCCUUCCAAGAGGGAAUGAAUUGUUCUGCAUCUGUCCCCACAACGGGUACAGAAAUGCCUGAUUAUAGUCAUCUUAUAAGUGAUAUUUUUCUUUUGCUGAAUUGAAGUAAGUUUGCUGUCUUGUAUUUUGUAUAUGUUGUACUAUAUUUGUAGUGUACAGUUUUUAUAGAGCUUUUUAUGUGCCCUGUAAAUACCUAUGAAUUUUAUAAGUACAUUUUAAGUAUGUUGCAAUGUGUCUUUUGAAACUGCUGUAUGCAAU